AUGAGCAUAUACAGCUUCCUCAUAGCCGUUCGCUCCGACGGCCAGCAGCUCAUGAACGAGUCCGGCGAAACCACCUCUCAUCUGAUGGGAUUUUUCUACCGAACCCUACGCAUGGUAGAUAAUGGUAUAAAACCUCUGUAUGUCUUCGACGGUGCUCCUCCUAAGCUUAAAUCCGGUGAAUUGGCCAAGCGCAUGGCGCGUAAGCAAGAAGCUGCCGAGCAGCAUGAGGAGGCGAAGGAGACGGGCACGGCGGAGGAUGUGGAGAAGUUCUCGAGACGCACGGUGAGGGUGACGAGGGAACAUAACGAGGAGUGUAAGAAACUGUUGAAGUUGAUGGGGAUACCGUACAUAGACGCGCCUACGGAGGCUGAGGCGCAGUGCGCAGUUUUGGCCAGGGCAGGGAAGGUAUAUGCCGCUGCAUCAGAGGAUAUGGAUACAUUGUGUUUCGAUUCGCCUAUUUUGUUGAGACAUCUCACGUUUAGUGAGCAGAGGAAGGAGCCUAUUCAGGAAAUACACUUGGAGCGGGUCUUGGAAGGGUUGGGAAUGGAUCGGAAACAGUUUGUCGACCUAUGCAUACUUCUGGGCUGUGACUAUGUCGACCCAAUCCCCAAAGUUGGGCCCAACACAGCACUCAAAAUGAUCCGCGACCACGGCUCGCUAGAAAAGGUAGUCGAAGCCAUGGAAAACGACCCCAAGAAGAAAUAUACAAUUCCGGAGGAUUGGCCAUACGAGCAAGCCCGUGAUCUCUUUUUCGAACCCGAUGUGCGCCCUGCGGAUCACCCAGAAUGCGACUUUAAGUGGGAGUCUCCUGAUGUGGAAGGGCUAGUCAAAUUCCUCGUGGAAGGGAAGGGCUUUAGUGAGGAUCGGGUACGUAGCGGAGCGGCAAGAUUGCAGAAGAAUUUGAAAACGGCGCAGCAGUCGCGGCUGGAAGGCUUUUUCAAGCCGGUAGCGAAGACGGAGGAGGAGAAGGCAAGUUUGAAGAGAAAGCACGAGGAGAAAUUGGAAGCGGCUAAGAAGAAGAAAAAGGAGGAUGCGAAGGCGAAAAGAGAAGCAAGAUCGAGACCGAAAGGCACUUCGUAG